CCAUACGAAUAAUUGUAUGGCUCGACGUGAACGUGUACGUUCAGUAUAAAUAUAGCUCGCCUUUUGCAAGUAAGACAUCACAAAGACGAGAGAUUUCAAGACGCGGAGAACAGAGAGAGAAGAAACAUAUACCUCAAAGGCGCAAAACACACACCAAAGAAGAAGAACACAAUAUGGUGUCUCAAAAGCUGGAGAUUUGCAUCGAGUUAGUGAAGUUUGCCGUCGUUUUUGUAGCCACCGUGGCUGAAUCAGUAGAAAAGGCUUUCCGUAAGCCUUUGCCGGCGCUUCCGGCAGCUCAUGAUGGUAGUCGGAAUAGUUACUCGGCCGUUCCCAUUCCUCUUGUUGGAUUCAUGUGAUGAGCUUUUUUUGUUUGUUUAUUUUAUUUUUCUUCUCUUUUUGGUUUUUGGCCUCGUUAAAGUUAGGAGUGGCGUUUUUGGAAGUUGUUGAUAUGUGUAUAAGCAUAAUCAUAGUAAUCAUGAAGAGUUGCAGAUGAAUCAAACCGUCGAACUUUACCAAAAAAUUUGAGCAUUAAUCGCUUUAACUUUCUUUAAGAUCCUUUGAAGAUACUACUAAUCUGCAACUUUGAAAAAUUGUAAAUUACAAAUAUAUUCGAUAACUUAUUAUAUUUAGUAAGCCA